AUGUUUGGUAAUGUGGAAUUCGUAAGAGCAGUUAUAAGUAUCAGUCCUGAUUUGUGUUUGGCUGGCGAUCGAUUUGGAAGAAUCCCUUUACAUCUCGCAAUCAUCAAGGGGAAGUCGCCUGUUGUGCAAGAGUUAGUUCGUGCUAAGCCACUUGCGGCUCGAGAAAAGAUUGAUGGCGGAGGAAAUUCUUUGCAUCUUUGCAUCAAGUAUAAUCAGCUGAAUACUCUGAAGUUCUUGCUGGAGGGAGUUCAAGAUGAUGAUUUUAUUAACAGGAAGGAUGAUGAUGGGAUGACCAUACUACAUCUCGCCGUUUGCGAUAACCAGAUUGAGACUAUUGAAUACCUGGUUCGAAACAACGCUGUACAAGUGAAUUUAAAGAAUGCAAAUGGAAGCACCCCAUUAGACCUUUCUCUUGGAGAUGGCAGGAAUACAAGAAUUCCACAAAUUCUUGCACUCGCUGGAGCCGUAAGAGGCAUAGAUAUUGACUUAGCCAUGGCAGAAGCUGAAAAUGGACUACAGGAAGAUUUCAGGAGAUCAGCAGGACAGGGGAGCAACGAUUGGCUAUCUAAGAAAAAGGAUGCAAUUAUGAGUGAUAAGAAGCAAUUGAGCCAAGUUAUUAGAACUUCUGUUAUGAUUUGGUGUGGCGUGAUGUUGCUUUUGCUCAUUGGAAACACGCUUCGAUUGAUAAGGAGGUGUGGUGGUGAAAUGUUUGCGAAGCCAAGGAGGCAUCGGACUUACAGAGCUCAGCAGCAGAUGCGAGGAAUGGUAGCCAACUCGGUGUAG